AAUUCCAGAGUUUUAUUGGAACUAUGUAUGUCAGUUUUAUAUUAAAAAAAAAGUAAAGUACAUAGUGUGAACACAUUUAUGAAUAUAGUAUGAACGCGUUAGCAUAUUUAUUAUCAAAUCAUUGUGAGACUGCCACAUGUCUAUUAUAUUGUGAAUGCAUUUAUUACAAUGCUUAUCUUUUAAUAUAUAAGGGAGUCAUUUUUAUUUACAAAAGAAUAAUUAAUUUCUAUGUAUACACAUAUGCCAAAAAAGGAAACACAAUACGUAAAUCAAAAUUUCUAAGGUCAAAAGGAAAUAAAAAUAAAGUAGUCAAGAAAAUAAACUACUUAAUAUGACUAAACAUUAAUUCCUUCGUGUCUUCAUAAGCUCCAUUUUUUUAUUUUUUAAUAUCUCCCAUUGUCUCAACAUUAAAACUCUCUCGCUUUAGUUUUUCUCUCAUCUUCUUUGAUUGAAAAGCCAUGAAGAGACACUCAUCAUCAUUGUCAUCAUCAUCACCUGAUGCAAAAAUCAGAAAGCUACAUCAUCCUUUCAUUGAUGGUGAUUGUAUCAGCGAACUCCCAGACGAUCUAUUACGAAUGAUCCUUUCAAAAUUGUCCACUGAAGAAGCUGUGAUGACAAUUCUUUUAUCACCACUAUGGAUGGAUUUGUGGAAAUGGAGACCUCAUUUCGUCUUGGAUAUGAAAAGGAUCUUGGAUAAAACUCCCACCAGACUUUGGGACAAAGUUUCCGCUCAGUUGGCUAGUUCAAUGGACAAGACGUUCAGAAAACACCGCGGCAACCUGGAGAGCUGCACUAUCACAUCGCGAUGUAAUGAUGUUACACUUCAAAAUUGGAUCCGACGUGCGACUCGUGUGAAACACACUAAAGAUCUCACGCUAAACUAUAUACAUGGUCAUAAGAGACGUUACAGAGGAACACAUACGGUCGACAUGCUCCCAGAAAUAUUUUCGCAUCCUAGCCUCACUUCACUGUCACUUAGUGGAUACACUCUACUAAGAAGACGUGCCUUCAUUAACUGUGGGAAUCUUAAGACCCUCAAGCUUUUGAACAUGUUCCUCUUUCGGGUUAGUACCCUUAGGCGCGUUUUGGCAGCUUGCUCCUCCCUCGAGGUGAUUGUGUUGGAAAUCGUUUUCUUAAGCGGGCUUGGUGUGUUGAAGAUUGGGAACAAAAAUUUGAAGUUCUUGCAAGUGACUUUCCCUGACUAUGUUGAGAGGAUUGAAGUGAACGCACCCUGUCUAGAUGUUCUAGACAUCAGGGAUAUCAAAUGUGAGAGCAAGAAUAACUUCAUCCUCACUGCUCCUAACAUCCAGUUUGACAGAAACUAUUGGGUUUCUAGGUGUGUUUAUCGUCCUCACAUUAGCUAUAGUGUAUCAGAACUUGUUCAGGAGACAAAACACAUUUGGUAUGAGCUCCUGGUGAGUGACUUUCAUGGUAUGCCAAGGCAUGGAACUUUAUCGGUGAGUGUAGACAUAACUAAUCCUAAAGAAGUGAAGAUAUUGAAGGAACUUUUGCUUAUGUGGACUACUUACAAAAUGAUAGAGCUUGAGAUUUUGUUCAAGACCAACAAUGCUUCUAGAGAAGAAGAAGGUGAAUGUUUUAGUGACGGCAUAGCACACGGGAAGUUGUGGGAGAAUGCAACACCGUUCCCUAACGCAGAUUUUCGCGUUUAUAAAGUGUGGAUGUAUAACUUCGAUGGUUCGAGUAAGGAGGAGUUUGCGUUUGCCUCACGUUUUGUGAUGCAAAAGACUGUGAUGAUGAAGAUGAUGAUCGAGACCUCAUCGUAUCCACCGAUGAAGAAGUUAGAGGUAGAAGCAGCUGUGGCAAAGCUAAUGGAACUUCCUAAAGGUAAUGAAGAGCUUAGUAUUGAAUGCUUCUGAUGAGAGUUUGUUUCUAGUCUAUAUAUUGCUAGUAUAAACUAUUUACUAGUCUUGCUCAAAAAAAGAAAAACU